AAGCGGCGGGCCGGUAGGCCGGCGGGCGGGCGGGCGCGGAGGCGGGCCCAGCGCUCGGGUUUCGGCCCCGCUCCGGCGGCCCGGGGUCCCCGCGGCGCCAGCAGCGCGCGCUCGGGGGCGGGGGCCCGGGCGCGGCGGCCAGGCCCUCCCUCCGCGCGGCCGGCGGCGCGUCCUCUCCCCGGAGGCGGGAGGAGGGCGGACGGGCCGCGGCCUCACGUCGGCGGCCGCGCCGCCCGCGAUGGGAAGUGCUUUAUAAAGCCGCCGCCCGGCCGCGCCGGCCGACUCGUCGCCGCGCUUUGGCGGAGUGCGCGGCGCCCAGGGCAGACCCGACGGACCCCGGGCCCUGACAGCCCGCGGACAGGCCCCGGUCCCGGCAGAGCCCGGCCCGGCCUCGGCUCCGGACAGCCCCCGGCAGAGCCCGGCCCGGCCCCGGCUCCAGACAGCCCCCGGCAGAGCCCGACCCGGCCCCGGCUCCAGACAGCCCCCGCCCGACUCCGGCUCCGGUCAGCCCCCGGCAGAGCCCGGCCCGGCCGGACGCGCCUCCUGCCGGCGGGCGGGGGCCGGGCGGGGCGGGGGGCGCCCCGCGGCGGGGGAUGCGCGGCCCGCGGCAUGGCCUCGGCGGUGUUUGAGGGCACCUCGCUCGUGAACAUGUUCGUGCGCGGCUGCUGGGUGAACGGCAUCCGCAGGCUCAUCGUCAGCCGGCGCGGCGACGAGGAGGAGUUCUUCGAGAUCCGCACCGAGUGGUCGGACCGCAGCGUGCUCUACCUGCACCGCAGCUUCGCCGACCUGGGCCGCCUGUGGCAGCGCCUCCGCGACGCCUUCCCCGAGGACCGGCCUGAGCUGGCACGCGCCCCGCUGCGGCAAGGACUGGUUGCCAUAAAGGAGGCCCACGAUAUAGAGACCAGGCUGAACGAGGUGGAGAAGCUGCUGAAGACCAUCAUCGGCAUGCCGUGUAAGUAUUCUAGGUCAGAAGUCGUGCUCACCUUCUUUGAAAGAUCUCCUCUGGAUCAGGUGUUAAAAAAUGACAACGUACAUAAAAUUCAACCCAGCUUUCAAAGUCCGGUGAAAAUCUCAGAAAUCAUGAGGUCCAAUGGAUUUUGUUUAGCAAAUACAGAAACAAUCGUUAUUGACCACAGUAUACCAAACGGAAAAGACCAGCGCCUGGCCGUGGACCCGGCGGAACAUCUGUUUGAGAACGGCAGUGAGUUUACCUCAGAACUGGAGGAUGGCGAUGACCCAGCAGCUUAUGUCACCAACCUGUCCUAUUACCACCUGGUCCCCUUUGAGACGGACAUUUUGGAUUGAAUCGCCAGUGGGCCCCACAUCUGCAGCCCUCGACUGCUGCUUCUGCUGCUGUCCACUGCACCAGCUCCAAAGGCCAGAGCUUCUGUCCCGGGCCUCUGUCUGGCGGUGCCUGCAGGGGCCAGCCUGGCUCUGCUCCCAGGCCGCACCCGGCAGCCUGCACCCAGGAGGCCUGCGUGUCCUGUGUCCUGUGAGUGGCACAGCAGGGGUCUCCAGGGUCAGGGCUGACCCCAAGGUUUCCAGUAGCCAGAUCAGGUCAUGGGAGUCCCCACAUGGCCUGCUGCUUCGGAGUGGCCUUCCAUCUCCACUGGCGCCACCAGCCUGUUUCUGCGUUCCUGAGACUCGCUCCCCACCGUGUGUGGAGCCGCAAGUGCCUGCAGGACCCCCAGGGCCUCUCCUGGGUCCUCCUUCGCUGUCACUGCUUCCUGGGGAGGAGCCUUCCUCUUGGUACCGUGGCCCAGGAUUGCUGGCCUCCCCUCCCUCCCCACCGUUCCCUCACACCACAAGCGCACAAAACACUUUGGGGCGAUUUUGAUGAGUUGCCAGGUUCUGGACCCGUGGGCAGGGCAUGUUAGGUAAUCCGGAUUUCCCUGGGAACCAGGAUAUGUGGCUUUCGUUUCUGUUUUUCAUCUUCUAUCCGGAAACUCUGGGCUUUGUGUCAGCCUAAGGGAGUGUUUACAGAAGGUUAGUCGUGAAUGGAGAGUGGGGCCACGGGGUCAGGGGCCCAUUGAGCCCAGACUGAGAGGUAAUGAUUCUCCUCAAGAGGAACAGAAUUCCUGCCUGGCCCGCCCGCAUCCCUGCAGCCUCCAGAGAGGGGAGCAGCGCUGUGGUCCCCGGGCCGUCUGAGGCUCGCCCCUCUGCUGUCCACCCAGCUUCACUGGUGCGGCUGCCAUAGUGCCCCAAGAGGACAGAUCAGGAGGGAGCCUGAGUCUCCGCGGGCUCCCUGGGUCCUGGGGGAGGGCCUGUGUCCUGCCCGUUUGUCUCUCCCAGUGUCUACUAACGACCCACAUUUGCUAGUGUAAAUAAUAGUAAAUUAUUGAGAAUCCUAAUUCUUUUACACAGUCUGUUUUUUAAUCUAUUUUAAUUAAAUAAAAUAUAUUACUCUA